AUGCCGCCCAAGAAGAACGUUGAGAAGCCUGCCAAGGCCAAGGGCGCGCAGGCCGUGGCCGACAAGACCUUCGGCAUGAAGAAUAAGAAGGGUGGCGCGGCCCAGAAGCAGAUUGCUCAGCUCAGCGCAAUGGCCAAGUCUGGCGGCACGCCGGAGGAGAAGCGCAAACAGGCUGAGAAGGCUCAGCGCGAGAAGGAGAAGCGGGCUGCGGAGGAAGCCAAGAGGGAACUGGCCGACCUGGUCAACAAGCCCGCACAAAUCCAGAAAGUCCCAUUCGGCGUCGACCCCAAGACCGUGGUGUGCAUUUUCUUCAAGAAGGGCAAUUGCGAGAAGGGCAAGAAGUGCAAGUUUUCCCACAAUGUCGAAGACGAGCGCAAAGUCAACAAGAAGAGUCUGUACACCGACACCAGAGCCGAGGAGGACGAGCAGAAGAAGGUCGAGACAUCUGCCGGAGUCUGCAAGUUCUUCGUCGAGGCCAUCGAGGAGGGCAAGUACGGCUGGUUCUGGGUCUGUCCCAAUGGGGGCGACAAGUGCAUGUACAAGCACGCUCUACCGCCAGGUUUCGUGUUGAAGACUAAGGAGCAGCGAGCGGCUGAGAAGGCUUUGAUGGAUAAGUCACCAUUGAAGACGCUCACCCUUGAGGAGUUCCUGGAGUCCGAACGACACAAGCUCACAGGCACCCUUACACCAGUAACGCCAGAGUCUUUUGCCAAGUGGAAGAAGGAGAGGUUGGACAAGAAGGCUGCCGAGGAGCAGGCGAAGAAGGCCAAGGAGGCCACUGGUCGUGCGAUGUUCGAGAGCGGUACCUGGAAGGAUGAUGACGAGUCCGGCGAUGAGGACGAUGAUGACAACGACGCCUGGAAUAUGGAGAAGUUGCGAGCAGAGACGGAGGCUGCGCGGGAAAGAAAGGAGGCUGAACGUGUGGCUGCUCUCCACGGCACGGCUGUGGGCGCCAUGCUGGAGUCAACGGCACCCGUCGUCGAAGCCGCGACGCACAACGCCGAUUCCGAGCACCCGUUACGACGGGUUUAA